AUGGGUCGUAGGCAGUCGUCGCACGGUUCGUUGGGGAUAAAAAUAGCUGCGAGGAUGGAACAGGGUCCGCGGUCCGCAAAAGGUCCGAUGUCGUUUAGGAAAAGAGCGAUAUUGGGGCACACGGAUGGGAAGAAAAGAGGAGGGAUGGGCAGACAGACGACAGGCGAGGCCGGGCUGAGCCCACCAAAAGCGUACGCAUGCGGGCCCCCGGCCCGUCAGGUACCUCGUCUUAUCGGCACCGGCCACGCUGAGACCCACCACCGCGACGGUACUUGUUUAUUAAUAGCGGGUGGUGUGAACGACCUAAAGCAAGGUCGGGGGAUUAAAACAAAUCUGAAACUGGGGAAGUACCGUCUGGCUACGGUCACGCGACUACUUCCAGCUUCCGGUGAAGACAGCGGCGGUCCCAACCGACCGGGGGUGGUUCGUUACGUUCUCUGCAUUCGUUUCUAA